UCUGUCCACAUGUUCUGUCGGCUUGUUGCAGCUUGUUGUAGCGAAGUGGGAGCCAUCAUAACCUCACUCAACAGGAUAUUUAGAAUCUAAAUCUAAAUUUUAGAUUUUCACUUUAUUAUAAUGCCUCGAAACAAACCAAUCAACAAAAACGUGACGUGGCUGAGUAAGAUAAUACCAAAUGAACAGAAGUUCACAACCUUUCAUUACUACAAAAAGUUCCAGUUUAAAAAGAUAGUUGGAGAAAUAGGCGAUUUCGUGCUGAUAUCGAACGCGGAUGCUGCAGGACCUGAUACCGAAGGUGGUUGUGAUGCAGCUAAAAUAUUGGCGUUAUAUGAAGACAGUUCAAAUAAUAACAAUCCUUUUAGAGCAAAAGUGCAAUGGUAUUCAAAGCCUGAUGCCUUGCCUAAGGGCUGCUAUAACCAAGCUGAACCUAUUAAUUUUUACUGUAGAGAGGUAUUUGAAGACCAUCGACCAUUUGACACAGAUGUAUCAAUUGAAACAUUUUUUAAGAAAUGCUCAGUAAUAUGUACCUUUACAAGAGAUACAGAUGACAUACUGCACAAUCAGAAAUACGCCUACAUCUGCAGAUACAGACUAAUGCCACUAGGCAGAGGGAAAACUUACUUGGAACCAGUUUUAGAAGAAGAAAGAAAAGCUAUAGAACUUUUAUGUACUCCUAGGAAAAAUAUUACACCAAAUACCCCUAAAACCCCUAAUAGUUUGGUGAAACGUAUGAGUCGAGUUUCUAUUUCAGACAAAAAUUGGAGUGUUCCUAAAAGUGAUGGCACUAAACUACUUCAUAAAAGAGCUAUAUCAGCUGACAAGACUGAAAAAGAUACACCAAAAGUUACUACCCGAAAAAGGUCCAAAUCUACAUCCGUAAUAGUAGUCACAGCAAGCCCAAAAAGUUCUAAAGAGUCUGUGGAGGCAAAAAGUCCAAAAAAACCUAAAAGAUACAGUGUUGAGGAAAAGCUUCGUGGAAAUAAUAAACCCAAAAACGCUACGCUAAAAAUAUCAGCUGACAAGACUGAAAAAGAUACACCAAAAGUUACUACCCGAAAAAGGUCCAAAUCUACAUCCGUAAUAGUAGUCACAACAAGCCCACAAAGUUCUAAAGAGUCUGUGGAGGCAAAAAGUCCAAAAAAACCUAAAAGAGACAGUGUUGAGGAAAAGCUUCGUGGAAAUAAUAAACCCAAAAACGCUACGCUAAAAAUAUCAGCUGACAAGACUGAAAAAGAUACACCAAAAGUUACUACCCGAAAAAGGUCCAAAUCUACAUCCGUAAUAGUAGUCACAACAAGCCCACAAAGUUCUAAAGAGUCUGUGGAGGCAAAAAGUCCAAAAAAACCUAAAAGAGACAGUGUUGAGGAAAAGCUUCGUGGAAAUAAUAAACCCAAAAACGCUACGCUAAAAAUAUCAGCUGACAAGACUGAAAAAGAUACACCAAAAGUUACUACCCGAAAAAGGUCCAAAUCUACAUCCGUAAUAGUAGUCACAACAAGCCCAAAAAGUUUGGAGGCAAAAAGUCCAAAAAAACCUAAAAGAUACAGUGUUGAGGAAAAACUUCGUGGAAAUAAUAAACCCAAAAACGCUACGCUAAAAAGUUUGAAAUUAGCAGUAGAGACUCCAAAAAGUUCGAAGAAACUUAAUAAAAAUAACAUUGAAGAAAUCCUCUCCAUGGAACUAAGAGAAAACUCACUUAUUAUACAACAAAAUGCUGUGACACCAAAAAGAAAGACUCCACAACGUAAGAUAUGCAAUGAAACUCCAAAGAAAGUUCUUGUAUUUGAGAAUGAGGAAGAUACUAAUAUUCCUCGUGAAACCCCUACAAGAAGAUCUGCACAAAAGAGUUCUGAAAGCGAAGAUGACUUUAAAUCUUUACCAAAAAUACCUAAAGUAGCUAAAACGCCCAAAACUCCUAAAACUCCUAAAACAUCGAUAGCUAAAACCCCUAGGACUCCAAGAACGUCAAUUGCUAAAACUCCUAAAAGUGGCACGAGAAGAAUAAAUAUUAGCCAACUUACACCAACAUUGCAAAAAAGGGCACAUCCUAUUGAAAACAUUGAUAAAUUGAUAAUCGAGAACAAAUCAUUACCAGGAAGAGAAAGGCACUUGAGGGAAAUAUUAACAUUUGUGAGGAUGCAAUUGCUGCAUGGUAGAAGUGGAUGCAUGUACAUAUCAGGCGUGCCCGGGACAGGCAAGACUGCGACCGUGGAGUUUGCCCUAAAGGCUCUGAAGGAGGAGCAGGAGGUACCGGAGUUCCAACUAGUAGAAGUGAAUGGCAUGAUGAUUGCGGAACCCAGGCAGGCCUAUGUGCAGAUUUACAAGCAACUCACACACACAGGCAAAUCGGUAGGUUGGGAGCGAGCUUGCGCCCUGUUGGAGAAACGUUUUACAAACCCUGGGCCGCGCAGCACACCCACUGUAUUAGUUGUCGAUGAGCUAGACGCGUUGUGCAACAGACGACAAGAUGUCCUCUACAGUAUAAUGGAGUGGGCAACUCACAAUACCGCCCUGCUGACCGUGCUAGCUAUAGCCAAUACUAUUGACCUGCCAGAGAGAGUGCUGAAGCCUAAUGUGGCCUCCAGACUUGGCAUAACACGGCUAUCCUUCGGUCCGUACUCGCACAACCAGCUACAGUGCAUCGUUGCUACCAGACUAGUCGGGGCUAAAAUAAUACCAGAUGCUCUGCAACUAAUAGCCAGAAAAGUAGCAGCAGUGUCAGGUGACGCUCGUCGCGCGAUUUCUUUAUGCGAGCGCGCGUUGGAGUUGGCCGCGCCCAACUGUGCCGGGCUCAGGGAAGUCCAGCUUGCCUUAGAAGAAGCGACCACAAGCGACACUGUGAGGGCUAUACGAUGCUGCGCCCCCGCUGAGAGACUCAUCCUGCGAGCCAUGGCGGCUGAGGUGGAACGAACCGGCUCAGACGAGACAACCAUGUCCCGCAUGCUAGUGACCGCAGCCACCCUCGCAGCUCUCGACGGCCGACCGUAUCGAUCUGCUCCCGAUAGCCGAGGUCCCACUUGCUCCCAGGCUCACGCUCUAUGCGCUAGUCUCUCUGCCAUGCAGCUGAUACAUAUGGAGCGUAAGCGAUCUGAACCUAGGCUGAUGCUCAAUUGUAGCGUUGACGAUGUUUACUAUGCUACUAAAAAGAUUACUGUGUGAUACGUUCAUUAUGCUACUUAACAGAUCACAGUGUGAUAUGUUCAUUAUGCUACUUAACAGAUCACCGUGUGAUGUGUUCGUUAUGCUACUGAACAAAUUACUGACAGUGUUAUAAGACUGUGUUCAUUAUACUACCUACCAAGGCUGAUUACUGGGUAAGAUAAAUAAAACACUAGUUUAAUUUACAAGCUAAAAUUACAUUUCGGUUGAGUGAAUACAAUAUUUUUGUCAACA